UUCUUGAUUUACUCCGAUUACGGGAGUUGAUUGAUUCCUGGUCGAUUCAAACGUAUAAAUACCCCAAAACCCAUUAUUUUUGCUGUUGUACACAAGUCCUGUAAUCUUUUCUAUCUAAUUCGUUUUGCGAGGGAUGGACGAGUAUUUGAGCAGCGAUGACGAUUAUCAUUACUCCGAUCAGGGCUCCGUCGAAGGUUUCGAAAACGACGAGCCCGAUAUUCAGUUGGUUACUCCCAAGGGCCCCACAACUCUGGUGAUUACAAGGGAAUCACUUCUAGCUGCGCAGAAAGAAGAUUUGCGCCUGGUAAUGGAAAUGCUAUCAUUAAGAGAGCACCAUGCACGUACUCUGCUUAUUUAUCAUCGUUGGGAUGUGGAGAGGUUGUUUGCAGUGUAUGUAGACAAGGGAAAAACUGCCUUGUUUGCUGAAGCUGGUGUUAGUGUGGAUGAACAGUGUGAUCCUGACUCAUCAGUUCCUUCUUCAGUCACAUGCGAAAUCUGCAUAGAGGAUGUUCCCAGUCAUGAAGCGACAAGAAUGGACUGUGGGCACUGUUUUUGCAACAGCUGUUGGACAUCACACUUUAUUGUCAAGAUAAAUGAGGGUCAAAGUAGACGUAUAAGGUGCAUGGCACACAAAUGUAAUGCUAUUUGUGAUGAAGCUGUUGUGAGAAAUCUAGUCAGUAAAGAGAACCCUGAUAUGGCAGAGAAAUUUGAUCGCUUUCUUCUUGAAUCCUACAUUGAAGACAAUAAAAGAGUCAAAUGGUGUCCCAGCAUCCCUCAUUGUGGGAAUGCAAUACGUGUUGAAGAUGACGAAUUAUGUGAGGUAGAAUGUUCAUGUGGUCUACAGUUCUGUUUUAGUUGCUUGUCAGAGACGCAUUCCCCAUGUUCUUGUUUGAUGUGGGAGCUCUGGGCUAAGAAGUGUCGAGAUGAAUCAGAAACAGUUAAUUGGAUAGCAGUUCAUACGAAACCUUGUCCAAAAUGCCACAAGCCGGUGGAGAAGAAUGGCGGUUGCAACCUGGUUAGCUGCAUCUGUGGUCAAGCAUUUUGUUGGCUCUGUGGUGGAGCUACUGGGCGAGAACAUACUUGGUCAAGUAUAGCUGGUCAUAGCUGUGGUCGCUACAAACAGCUAGAGAAAACAGCUGAACGGGCGAAGCGAGAUCUAUAUCGAUACAUGCAUUAUCAUAAUCGCUAUAAAGCUCACACAGAUUCCUUUAAACUUGAAAGUAAAUUGAAAGAGACUAUACAGGACAAGGUUGCUAUUUCAGAGGAGAGGGAUUCUACACUCAGGGACUUUAGUUGGGUGAAUAAUGGACUUUCCAGACUUUUCAGAUCUAGGCGUGUCCUAUCAUAUUCAUAUCCAUUUGCAUUUUAUAUGUUUGGAGAUGAGCUAUUUAAGGAUGAAAUGUCAGAAGAGGAACGGGAAAUAAAACAGCACUUAUUUGAGGAUCAGCAGCAACAGCUUGAGGCUAAUGUUGAGAAGCUUUCCAAAAUUCUGGAGGAACCAUUUGACCAGUUUACAGAUGAUAAAGUUAUGGAGAUAAGGAUUCAAGUCAUUACCCUGUCAACCAUUAUUGACAAUCUCUGCCAGAAAAUGUAUGAGUGCAUUGAGAAUGAUUUAUUGGGUUCUCUUCAGUUGGGCACUCACAGUAUUGCUCCGUACAAGUCCAAGGGCAUAGAGAGGGCAUCAGAACUUUCAACUUGUUGGAACUAUAAAGCCAAUAAUGCUGGUGGAACAGCAGAACUUGAUCGGCCCUCUGGGUCUGGGAGUUCAGAUGAUAGCGGAUGUCCUUCUCACAAGCGUGCUAGGAAAGAAGGUGCUGGUGGUGUCCUUUUUGAUCUAAACUUGCCAGCGGAGGUUGUAGACAGAAAUUGACUCUGAAGGAGACCUUAUAUAAAUACAAGUGUACAGGUCUAACAAAUUGCUUGUCUUUGAUGGAAUCAAUCAUUUUGAAUAUCCUGCAACUAGCUUACCCUGCUUUAUAUCUUACUUUUGGGUAUUUCUUUGUUGAGAUAUAUUGAGAAAAAAAUUCAAAAUUAUUUAUUCCUAUCUCUUAUAUUGGUGCCAAAUCUUAGCGUUGUAUAUAUGACCUUUUGGACACAUGGCUAAAAGAAACGUAAACCUUCUACUUGUGACUGACUCGUCCCCUUUUGAGUACAACCUCCCGGGUUCUCGUUAAAGCAGCUCACUCCGCUGGUUUUCCUUUCAUUCAUUUUAUAUGGUUCCAUUUUCUUGUGAAUCCGUUAGUUUUUUUAACCCUUUUCUUUCGGCGGGUUGCUCUGGUAUUGCUUUGAAUUGUUGAACUUUUGAAUUUAAUGACCUCAGAUAGUUGCCUGGCUCUUCCUUGUCUUGAAAAGCAACAAUUGAUUCAUUGACCGAACCAUGUCGAGUGCAAUGCAUUCUCAUGUUCUCUUCCACUGUCUGUACUCUGUACCUUGCCUGAUGGGCAUAUGCAAAGCAAUGGGAUUACACGAGUCAUGUACGGAGGUGUGAGUUUUUAUUUUCCAUUAACUUCUGUUUUAACAUUUGGACGCAGUUGAUGCUGAUGCAAGUUGGAGAGGGAAGCUUCUCCUUUAACUGAUUCUAUAGAGUCAUGAACUUCUCAAUAAUGAUGACAUUAGGACUUACAUAUGAUUUGAGAAGAGUUUGGUUCUCACCAAGCAGCUUGCCUAUCCCUAACGUCAAAUCGGUGAGCUACGGAUGUGUGCAACUGCACUGUUGGCCCUAACAUGAACUUUUAUGGACUUGAUUGGAGUUUAUUGGUCUCAUUCUGCAUAAAGCAUGCAGAUCGAUCUAUUUAUCAUGAGACGCCUUGGCUUUGUUAAUGUCUGUCUGUCUUUUGCUUACCAUGUGCUGAUUGUGCCUGAUUUAUAACGAGUCAUAUGCGACAAUGACCUAAGCUGUAUAACUUGCUGAAACCAUAUUUCUUUGUUCAUACUUAA